AUCCGCGAUCCGCCGCCGCAAGCCUGGCGGCGCACCCAGAUCGGACCCGUCUCUUUCCCCUCGCCCAAGCAGGAACCGAUCUUGAAAUAGCCCCCCGUCUCCGCGGCCGUCUCCCCCGCCCAACCAGCCAAACCAUUCGCCCCGCCCCCAAUCGAUCUCUUCACCCUUCGCGAUUCCCUCGUAACAUCCCCUCACGCUCGCAUCAACCAUGUCGGCCUACUGCGGAAAGUACAAGGACGAGCUCAUCAAGAAUGCUGCCUACAUUGGCACCCCUGGCAAGGGUAUCCUUGCUGCUGAUGAGUCCACUGGCACCAUUGGCAAGCGCCUUUCCAGCAUCAAUGUCGAGAACGUGGAGGAGAACCGCCGUGCACUCCGUGAGCUCCUCUUCUGCGCCCCUGGUGCCCUCCAGUACCUCAGUGGAGUGAUCCUCUUUGAGGAGACCCUUUACCAGAAGACCAAGGAUGGCAAGCCAUUCGUCGAUGUCCUCAAGGAGGGAGGCGUCCUCCCUGGCAUCAAGGUCGACAAGGGCACCAUUGAGGUUGCUGGCACCAACAAGGAGACCACCACCCAGGGCCAUGAUGACCUUGGCAAGCGCUGCGCCAAGUACUACGAGGCUGGUGCCCGCUUUGCCAAGUGGCGUGCUGUCCUCAAUAUCGGCCCCAACCAGCCAUCGCAGCUUGCCAUCGACCUGAAUGCUCAGGGUCUUGCUCGUUACGCCAUCAUCUGCCAGGAGAAUGGUCUGGUGCCGAUUGUUGAGCCUGAGAUCCUUGUUGAUGGGCCACAUGACAUUGAGCGUUGCGCUUAUGUCACCGAGAUGGUCCUUGCUGCCUGCUACAAGGCUCUGAACGAGCACCAUGUCCUCCUCGAGGGUACCCUCCUGAAGCCCAACAUGGUCACCCCUGGCUCUGACGCCAAGAAGGUGGGCCCUGAGGUGAUUGCCGAGUACACUGUACGUGCCCUUCAGAGGACCGUCCCUGCUGCUGUGCCCGCCAUUGUCUUCCUCUCUGGUGGACAGAGCGAGGAGGAGGCCACCCUGAACCUGAACGCCAUGAACAAGCUCAACACCAAGAAGCCAUGGUCCCUGUCCUUCUCCUUUGGUCGUGCCCUUCAGGCGAGCACCCUCAAGGCCUGGGCUGGCAAGGAGGAGAAUGUGGAGAAGGCCAGGGCUGCCUUCCUCACCAGGUGCAAGGCCAACUCAGAGGCCACCCUCGGCACAUACAAGGGUGAUGCUGCUGCCGGCGAGGGCGUCUCAGAGAGCCUCCACGUCAAGGACUACAAGUACUGAUCUGCUCCUGUUUUGGACCUGCUGGCUGCGAGCAUCUAGGUUGAGUUUGGUUUGACCGUCAGAGCGUGUUUGGAGAUAGAAACUCCUUUGUAAUAAUCCUGAACUUGUGCUUCCCUUUUGUGGAUGAUGGUUGGCUACUUGUUAUUCGUAUAUUAGUCUUUUUGGUGGUAA